AUGAAAACCUUAAACUUUGCUGUUUGCCUUGUUCUAGUCGGAUUACUUACCGUUACGACAGCGACGGCGACGGACGAGUCCAACUACGGUGAAGCUCUCGACAAGACCUUCAUGUUUCUCGAGGCACAGAGGUCCGGUAAGCUACCGUCGGACCGCCGUGUCAAGUGGCGGGGCGAUUCCGGCCUCGGAGACGGGUCUCUUCGAAAUGUGGAUUUGGUAGGAGGGUACUAUGAUGCAGGGGAUCAUGUGAAGUUUGGGCUGCCAAUGGCGUAUAGUGUGACAAUGCUUGCAUGGGGAACUAUUGAAUAUAGGAAGGAGAUUACCGGUUUAAACCAGAUGGGACAUGCUUUGUGGGCAAUCAGAUGGGGCACUGACUACUUCAUCAAGGCUCACACUCAGCCUAAUGUUCUUUGGGGACAGGUUGGCGAUGGGAACUCCGAUCACUACUGUUGGGAGCGAGCCGAGGACAUGACGACUCCAAGAACCGCUUUCAAGCUCGACCAGGACCAUCCCGGCUCGGACCUUGCGGGUGAAACUGCUGCUGCUUUGGCUGCAUCGUCAAUGGCUUUCGAGCCUUACAACUCUUCUUACUCUGAUCUCCUCCUUGUUCAUGCCAAACAGCUUUUCUCGUUCGCGGAUCGAUAUAGAGGUCUAUACGACGAUUCCAUCCCGAGUGCUAAGCAAUUUUAUAAAUCAUCGGGCUAUUCGGAUGAACUAUUGUGGGCUGCGGCAUGGCUAUUCCAAGCAACCGGAGAGGAGCAAUAUCUGAAGUAUGUUGUGGACAAUGGUGCAUACAUGGGUGGAACUGGUUUGGCUGUCAAAGAGUUCUCUUGGGACAACAAGUAUGCUGGUGUGCAAAUCCUUCUUUCUAAGGUAUUAAUGGAGAAAAAAGGCAGUGCGUACGCAUCGACAUUGAAGCAAUAUCAGGCCAAAGCAGAUUACUUCGCUUGUGCUUGCAUGCAAAAGAACAAUGGCUACAACGUCGAACUGACCCCUGGAGGUUUGAUGUAUGUGCAUGAAUGGAACAAUAUGCAAUAUGCCUCAGCUGCUUCAUUUCUUCUUGCUGUUUAUUCUGAUUCUCUCUCUGCUGCAAAUGCCAAACUCACUUGUCCCGACGGUCAAGUUCAAUCUCACGACAUCCUCGAUUUCGUCAAGUCGCAGGCUGAUUACAUUCUAGGCAAAAAUCCCAAGUCAAUGAGCUACAUGGUUGGCUACGGACAGAAAUAUCCGACCCACGUCCACCACAGAGGAGCAUCCAUCGCCUCGAUAUCGAUUCUUCCAUCGCCAGUGAGCUGCGUCCAAGGGUUUGAUGCCUGGUAUCGCCGUCCUGAAGCGGAUUCAAAUGUAAUACACGGAGCUUUAGUCGGAGGGCCCGACUGGAACGAUAAUUUUGAUGAUGAACGUUCAAAUUAUGAGCAAACCGAGCCUACAAUUUCUGCCUCUGCUCCUCUGGUCGGAGUCUUAUCUAAGCUCGAAAGCCUACACGGAAAUACAAAACUGAACCAUAAAGGAACAACAACAAAUAACCAACCAACACAAACAUACCAUCGCCUGCAAAUGCCGGUGCCUAGCCCGGUAUCAUCAGGUAAUAAACCAGUUCGAUUCGUUCACUCCAUAACCAGCAAGUGGAACGUGGGGAAGACGACAUACUAUCGACACAAGGUGACGAUGAAGAACACCUCGCAAAAGCCGAUAACCGACGUUAAAUUGAUGGUUCAAGAACUGACGGGGCCAAUAUGGGGGCUGUCGCCGACAACAGCUAAAAAUACCUACGAGCUUCCACAAUGGCUUAGGGUGCUGAAACCGGACUCCGACUACAGUUUUGUUUACGUUCAGGAGGGACCCCAAGCCAAGGUUUCAUUGCUGAGCUACCAAUACCUUUGA